AUGUUGGCCAACUCCUCGGCCAACACAUCUACCAACAGUUCUGAUCUCCCGUGCCCUGACUACCGGACCACCCACCGCUUGCACAUGGUGGUCUACAGCUUAGUACUGGCCGCGGGGCUUCCGCUCAACGCGCUGGCCCUCUGGGUCUUCUUGCGUGCUCUGCGCGUGCACUCAGUGGUGAGCGUAUACAUGUGCAACCUGGCGGCCAGUGACCUGCUCUUCACCCUGUCGUUGCCCGUGCGCCUCUCCUACUAUGCGCUGCACCACUGGCCCUUCCCUGAUCUCUUGUGCCAGACGGCAGGCGCCAUCUUCCAGAUGAACAUGUACGGCAGCUGCAUCUUCCUGACCCUCAUCAACAUGGACCGCUACGCCGCUGUGGUGCACCCGCUGCGGCUGCGCCACCUGCGGCGGCCCCGCGUGGCGCGGCUGCUCUGUUUGGGCGUGUGGGUGCUCAUCCUGGUGUUCGCAGUGCCCACUGUGCUUGUGCACAAGCCCUCGCCUUGCAGCUUCCAAGGCGGCCAGGUGCGCCUGUGCUUUGAGAGUUUCAGUGAAGAGCUGUGGAAGGGAGGGCUGCUGCCGCUCGUGCUGCUAGCCGAGGCGCUGGGCUUCCUGCUGCCGCUGGUGGCCGUGGUCUACUCAUCCAGCCGGGUCUUCUGGACCUUGGCGAGGCCCGACGCCACGCAGAGCCUGCGGCGGCGGAAGACAGUGCGCCUCCUGCUGGCCAACCUGGUCAUUUUCUUGCUGUGCUUCGUGCCCUACAACACCACGCUGGCGGUCUAUGGGCUGUUGCGGGGCAACCUGGUGGUGGCAAGCCAGGCGGCCCGUGAUAAGGUGCGCGGGGUGCUGAUGGUGUUGGUGCUGCUGGCCGGUGCCAACUGCGUUCUGGACCCGCUGGUGUACUACUUCAGUGCCGAGGGUUUCCGCAACACCCUGCGCGGCCUGGGCUCUCCUUUCUGGCCCAGCACCUCGACCACCAAUGGGAAUGGAGCGACACUUGCCCAACGGCCCCCUGAGACCACCCACACCACGAGGGUCUCCGCGGCCUCCAGCCAAGGACUGCUCCGGCAUUCCAAUCCCGGGACGCCCUUCACCCAGUGCCCUGAGGAUUCUGUCCUCUGAAUGCACAAAGGGUCCUAGCGCGGUUACAUCCGUCUCCAUCUCACGCACCUCUCACGCUCGGAAGAUUUGCAGGGUGCGCUUACUUGCAGGGGGCAUACAUGAAGGAGUUGGAUCAGGCACUUGGAUUUCUGGAUAGCAGCUUAAGCUCAUAAAUGCAGAAGGAGCAAAGUGUGGGAGCAAGGGGCACAAG